AUGGGGAUCCCGGCGGCGGUGCCCAGGCUGCUGCCCAACCUCGUCUUCGUCUUUGCCCACCUCCGCUGCCUCUCUUCCUGGCUGCUUGGCGCCUGCAUCGGCUACCCAAACAACUCGGACUACGCCGACCACCAUCACCACCACCAGGGGCAGUAGUAGUACCACGACGACCACGGCCUCAAGGAGCUGGAGGAGCACUUCCCAGCCGUGCGCUUCGACGAGCUCUCCGUAUCCAACGCCGCCACCAGCGCCAGGGCGCCCAUCCUCCCAGAGGGAUGCGUGGUAUGCCUCAGUGACUUUCACGGCGGCCCGCGUGUGCGCCGGCCGCGGGGGUGCCAGCACGUCUUUCACUUUGGCUGCCUUGACCGCUGGGUGGCUCACGGCCACUGCACCUGCCCACUCUGCCGCGCUCCGUUCCUCCCGCCCUUCCUCCUGGCCGUGCCGCUCCCGACAUUUCUAAUCUUAGCAGAUACACAGGCAGCACCCCAGGAGUAUCGUUCUUUCUUCCUAGCGAAGAAAGAGGCGAUGUCGCCUGCGCCGCUGCCAGGGAGUUCCUCCGCCGCCGUCCUCCGGCGGUUCCCCUCCGCCGACGACCUCGGUCGUCAGGGGUGA